AUGUAUUCACCAUGGAUAAUAUCAACGCCUUGUUCAUUUUCUGGAAAUGUUGAUCUUAACUAUAGAAAUUUUCAACAAGAACAACAGAUAAAUUUGCCACAUAUGAGUAACGAUUGCCCAAUACGUUCAUUCAAUAAUCUUGAUUUAUCAAAUCCAUUUAAUAUGAUUGCAACAACAUCACCAAUACUAUCGGUCUGGUCCUUGGAUAGUCUUCAUUAUGAUCAUAAUCAAUUAAAUGAACAGCAGCAAAAACAAGAAUUAAGAACUAAUUAUUUUGAACCAUUACCUUUCACUGAUAACCAUAAUCCACCGAAACAAGAUAGCUAUCCACAAUUAUCACAAAAACAUACCAUUAUUAAACAAAGUAUAAUAUUAUGUGAUUGCUCGAAAAACAAAAAACAACGAUAUUGUCAUAAUUUGUCACAUUACAAAAGUUGUGAUAAUCUAUUUUCUUCAACAUCUGAUCGAAUAAAACGACAAAUAUGUAGCUUUUGUAAAUCUAAUGAUGAAUCAGCUAAUGUUUAUACUUCGCAUGUUUUACGCAAUACAGAUAAUGAAAUAGAAAGUCCAAUUUUAAUGGCGUACGUUUGUCCGAAAUGCGGUGCUACUGGUAAAUCAGCUCAUACAAUAAAAUAUUGUACAGCUUUAUCUGAAAUUGAACGUAUUGCAUUACCGACAGUUAAACUAUUUAAAGAAGGUCGAUCGUCUUCCGGAAAUAUGAAUCUCUUCAAAAAAUAA